AUGCUGGCCACCUGCGCAGCGGCGUGGCUGCGUCGCGCGGUGGGAGGUGGGAGGCCCUGCGCUGCCGCGGCUCGCCGCCUGCUGGCGAGCGGCCCUGGCCAGCACCUGCCCGACCCAGCAGAGGGAGAAGGGGGCGUCCUGGAGUCCAUGCAGGACGUGCUGAGGCCUUCCUGGUGCAGCGGGCGCGCAUACCACUACGCAGAGGACAGCGCCAGGGCGGUGCUGCAGGAGCAGGUGGCCAGCGGGGCGGGCAAGCCUACAGCCGAGAGCAUGGAUGCGCCGGCGGACGCGGUCGGCGACGAGCUGACGGCGCCUCACAACUGGCACUUCUCCAACCGCAGCGACCAGCUGGAUGAGAGGCGGCAGCGGGAGCUGGCGGAGCAGAGCCGGAGCAUGGAUGGGGGAGCGGGGCGCUGA